UAUGUAGUUCUAGGAAAGGCGAAAUCCUGGAAAUGGUUGUAAUUUGAGCGGAUCUUAAUUCAAAACUUCCUGCUCCAAUUGAGUUUGCUAAAACCAUUCUGAACAUGCCAUGGCAGUUAAUACUUUUAGUGCACUGAGAUCCAUCCAUGCACAUAAAACGCUCGAGAGGAAAUGGAACGUUAUUCACCGGUCGUUUACAAGCGCUACACGGAACGCAGCUUAUGAGUGGAUAUUUUUAUUGUGAGAGGAAACAUCUCACACGUUUCUACAUAAAUAAAUGUAAAUAAUUUGGUUGACAAGAUGGAAUUCUUCUGUUUGGGGGUAAUUUUGGCUUUCUUUCCUUCAUUUUAAGUUGUGGUUAAUGGUUUUAGCAGUCUGUGAAUCGUCCUCCUUUCGGCUUGAUUUAAAAAAACGUGAAAUUUCGUGUUUUGUGACAAGUGGGAUUUUAUAAAAUUGUAUAGUUAGAUUGAAGUGAUCUUCGGAGCCUCGUGCAAUUCCUGGGUGUUUCGUGUUUUUCCUUUCAUCAGCUGCACUUCUGCCCCAUUAGUCCACCGGAGAGCAGCUGUCGUGUAUCGACUGUCAUGAAGUAUGCCGGUUAUUAAUUAGCGAGUUACAUGAAAUGAUAUAUUGUCUGGCCUGAGCAGGGAUAGAGAUGCACACCGAAGAUGGGAAUCUGGUGUAUCGAAGCGAAAACGAAAAGCAGAGACGGCCGUAGCUAAUGAAGCUCUUGGUGCUACUGUGCGGAAAUUUUUAAAUAAAGAAAAAAAUUAUCGACCCCUGAAAUUACAGAUUACCGAGUCUCAAAUGAAUGAUGCAAAGAUGUCGUCAGAAACAGAAGAAGUUAAAAACAAAAGUCUGUCGACCACAGUCCAGAAUCGAAAAAAAAUGAUUUUCAAAAGAAUGAUGACAAAACGAGGUCAGAAUCAGAAGAAGUCAUCCAGUGUGAAUCCAAUAAAACUAUAAGUGACAAUGAGCUCCGUGAAGGAGCUGGAAAUUCUCUUGAUCUUAGCGAAGGCACAUUUUCAGUAAAUUUUCGGGAGAACAAAGAAUCAGAAUUUUCUAAGCUUGAAAAAAAUGAUCCAGGAAAAUGGAUCUUUCCGAUAAACGAUGCGUGUCAUCAUGAUUUAGUUCAAUGUGGUCUCCAACAAUAUUUAGAUCUUAGCAACGAAUAUUAUCCAAAAAAUGAAAAUGGAAGACAUUUUUUGAAUUAUCAUUAUACGAGAAAAUUAACCAAUGGCGAAAGUCAACAUCUAAGGGGUUAUUAUAUUCAAUUUCGCAAGAGUAUAUUGUUUCAGUUGCAAACUUUUCUCUGGCUUGCAAACAGCUGAUCCUAGGAUGUAAUGAUUGGAAACGCCUAAAUAUUAUUCUUGAACACCACGAAAAUCAGAAAGAGCAUAGAAACAGCAUGGUUCAAUGGCUGUCAUUUGAAAAAGGUAUUAAGCAUGGAAAUACAAUUGAUGAAGAAAAUGAGAGAUCGAUUCAAGAAAGUCAGAAAUAUUGGUAUAUUUUAUUUGAAAGUUUGGUUGAUAUAAUAAAUUAUUCAGCCUCCCAUAACUUGGCUUUUCAAGGCUAUCUAGAAUGUUUUGAUCCAAAUCACAUUGAAAAUAGCGGCAAUUUUAUUGAUUUAUCCAAAUUAUUAUCUAAAUAUGAUUUAACUCUCCAUAACCACUUAAGUCGUAUCAAUAAAAAACAGCUAAAUAAUCACUAUUUAAGUCCGCAGAUACAAAGCGAGGUUAAUUCAUUGAUGUCACAAGCUAUUGUCAAUGAGGUGGUAGGAAAAAUUAAACAAGCUAAGUAUUAUGUUAUAAUGCCGAAUUGCAUAAGAGACAUUACUCUGAUCGAACAAAUGUCUGUUAUAUUAAGAUGCGUGAAUACGUCCACCGGUAAUUUAGAAGAACAUUUUCUAGGAGAAUCAGAAACAACAGGAGGGUCUUUAACCAACGUCAUACGCAAUGAACUUGGAAAACAUCAAUUGAAUAUUCAAAUUUGUAGAGGCCAAGGCUGCGAUAAUGGCGUCAAUAUGGUCGGCAUUAAAAAAGGAGUAAAAUCAAGAAUAUUAACUAUCAAUCCAAGAGCAUUCUUAACUCCUUGUGAUUGCCACAGUUGGAAUCUCAUUUUAGUAGACACAACCAACACAUCAUCAAUCGCAAAAGUGUUCUUUGGUUGGAUCCAAAAAGUAAAUGUCCGUUUUUCCAAAUCCAGUAAGAGAUGGGAUUUAGUAAAGGAUAAAUAUUUACUGCAAUGGUUGACGGUGUGAUACAAGAUAUUAACACAAGAUUUAUUGCACUCACUGAAUAUUACAGUAAUUUGGAUUCUUGUACGUCAUAAAUAAAAAAAACCUUUGCCAAAUAACGAGCUUUUGAAGCAUUGUAAUGAUUUAGAUGUAGUAUUUAAAGAUGGAGAAAACAAAGACAUUGAAUCUUAUGAGCUUUACGAAGAACUACAAUCUUUAGUGCCUAAUCUACCAAACUCCAUUAUAAACGCUAAUCAGAUGAUUCAGUACAAAUAAUGAUUACAUUGCUGUUAGAAUCAUGUUGACUUUGCCUGUGAGUACAGCUUCCACAGAAACAAGUUUUUCUAAAUUAAAAAUUAUUAAAAACUACUUAAGAAAUAGUAUGAAGCAGGACCGACUGCCUGGUUUAGCAAUACUCUCA